AUGGACUACGCACUUUGUGAGGCUACCCAGCACAACAUGGAUGGGAUUACAAGGGCUGUCACCUUCUAUGACAUCAACUGUCAAUACAACAAGCACUUGCAUGUUCGGGUGGAUCAAAACCAAUUUCUGACAAUGGUUCCAGAAUUGACCGUCAUUCCCGGAAUCGGGCUGUGGCACAUCCAUGGACAUCAGGAUAGCUGCUAUGUCAGAUAUGCAUCAAAUUUCAUUGAAGGCAUUGGUCGCAUUGAUGGAGAGAUCAUGGAGACCCUAUGGGCACAUCUCAACCUGAUUUCUCCUGCUGCUCAGGGAAUGUCUUCCCCACAUCGGAAGGAAUGUCUUGAUUUCCAGAUGAAUGAUUCCAACUUUUGCAAGAUGAUCUGCAUGAAGAGGACCCUUUGCCAGAAAUACAAGCAGGCAAAGAAUGGCAUUGCUGAAAGUGGAAAGGCUUUUGACAGACUCGACGAAGCCGCACUGGCCAACUUAAAGACAGACUGGUUAGCAAAUCACAAGAUCCAGCUGCGAUGGAUAUAUGAGAUUAAUAUCAAGAAGGGUGAGAUCACUCUGUCUCAAUUGAGGUCUGAAUUCAUUUUGAACCCAGCACUGAGCAAAAAGGAGAUAGAGCUGAGACUGCUGCAGGAGGGUAAUGCCCAUCAUGCAGCACCUUCUCGCAGAUCUGUGGCAACAUGGAUAUCAAUGGGCCUGGCAAUUGAAGAGGCUCAAAUUGCAUUGCACAUCGAGAUAGAUGCAUUCACUCAGACUGCUCUGAUGCAUCUGGGAGAGGGAUAUGAUGCAGAUGACGACCCUGAUGAUUUGAAUAUAGACAUUCUUGAUGAUCUCGAUGAUGACCCGGAGGAUUUCAUCAGGACAUCCGAUACAUGGACAAACUCCCCCGAGCUCACUGUCAUCCCAUUGCCAUCAAACCUUGGGGCCAAUGAUGCCCUUCACAACCUCCGAAUUCACUUGUGCAACAAGGCAAUACUCUUCCAAACAACAGUUAGGCAAGCCAAAUCUCAAGCAUUGAAAACCCGAGCUUGGUCCCAGGUGACAUCAGUGCACCAGGUGGUGUCCCUCCAUGCCAGCAUAUAUACCAAGACAAGGAAGCAAAUGAUAAAACUUGAGCCGGGCCAAGACCAGCUGGAAAAAUAUAAACCCCUCCUUCAGGAGCAGCUCAAAGUCAGCACGGCCGUCGGUGAUCCUAAUGCCCGAGGUCGGCAAAAUGAGUCUCUCGCUUGGUUCUGGGAUAUCGAAGUAGAUUUGGGGGGUCCGAAUCACUCGUGGAAUGAGGAAUUCCUCUCCUCAUUACUCUGCCCCUAUCAAAUAUCCUCCUUCGCCCCUCCGCAUUAUCCUCCACCUUCCCCACCCCUACCAUCACUCCUCUGUUCCUACCCACUCUCCACAUCACCCCUCGCCUUCUCUGCUCUGCUCCUAGUAGGUCCGCCGCUAGUAGCUCUUAUUCCCCGACCCUCAAAGCAGACCCAAGCAGUCCAUUCAUCCUACCAUCGGACAAUGUCGGACCCGCUCCAAAUUUGGGGCACGUACUCGGCUAAGGGCGCAGCACAAGAGCUGAAGCCAAGCCCUGACCCCUCUGCUUCCUGA